AUGUCAAGCCCAUCAGAUACGAAUGAUCACCUUAUAGCUCAACCACCCAAAGAAUAUGAAGCUCUUCAUGUUGAAUCACAAACUGAAGUUGCUAGCAGUGCAGCUUAUCAGUCAAUUGAUGAACAGUUUCAUUUAGGAAAAUUAACAAGCACUGAAGUUGCUAUGCUUAAAGCACGUUAUGUAAAGCUAUAUGAAGCGUUAAAAAAAACUAGAGACAAUGAAUUUAAUCUAAUUCAACUGACGAAACGAUUCAUUAGUGAAAUAGAAAGCCAACACAGUGAAUUAGCCAAAGCUGAUCUCUUCCCUGAUAAUGCAUUAACUGAACCAUCGCAGUUACGGGCACAGAUUUUAAGCCAUUAUAAUACAGCUAUGGAGACAGAUGAACGUGUUGAAAUGUUACUUUAUGAAGCUGGUUUACUACGCGAAGAACGUAAGCUGUUGAGUCGAGAUUAUUCGCGUUUACCAACAUCUGAACUGGAAAAUCUUGGUGAUGAUAUGAGUAUAUUUCAGGAAAUGGAAAGACGAGUUAAAUUACUCCAGGGACAAUGUCAAGAAUUAUGGCUUGAAAUUGAUGUACUCAAAAUGGAAGGAAAGCGUACAAGAGAGCUGUAUAGGCAAACUUCUGAAACAGAACAAGAUUUAAUCAAUGAGCAUACCGAAGCGCUUUCACGCUUAAGCGACGUUAAAGCUGAAUGGGUUGUAGCAACAGAUUUGCCUGGACAGUAUUCUAAAGAAACUGAGAAAGCUCGUAAAUACAAAUCAAAUGCUGAAAAGGAUUUACAAUUGCGAAGAGAAGAACAUAUUUCUCUUCAGAAUACUCGAGCAGACUACGAAGAGUUGCUGAGAAAAGCCGAAAUGACUAGAGAAAGAUUACGAGAGGAUUUAAGUAUUAUCCGUCAGACAAUAUUAGACAAAAAACAAUCUUUGGAAGAUUCAAAUAAAUUAUACGACAACUGGUUUGAAAUGGAAAUGAUGAAUCGUACCGAAAAAGCCCGUCUAUUACAACGUGCUCUUCUGGCAGAGCAGAACAAAAAGGAUCUAAUUGAAGAUAUAAAUAAAGUGACCAAAGAACGGGAUAAUAUUAACAAACUGUUAAGAAAUUUAAUCACAGCUAUUGAAGUUGUCAAAGAGAGUCUAAAAGUUGUACAACAAAUACAUAACAGGACAAGGGCACGAUUUGUUGUUUCACCAAAAUACGAUGGUGAAUUAAUGGAAAAGAAACGUCGUCUUCAGAUAGCUAUUCAGAUGGGACAACAAGAAUUACAAGAAGAAUAUCAACGUGCAGAAAAUGAACAAGCAAAAACUUCACAAUGUGUAAUGCUUAAUGAACGACGUUUAAUGGUUUUAGAACAUGCACGUGCAGAAAACUGGGAACUAUUACGACUGAUAAGUAAUUUAACUGAUGGACUUACUAAAGCUGUACGUGAACAUACUUGUGUUAGAAAAAAGUCUGAUCGAUUAUCUGAGGAAUUGUGGACAAAAAAUAUGGAAAUUACUGAACAAACUAGAAAAUUGGAAGAACUCGGUAGUAGAUUAACGGAAAUCUCCAAGUGUUAUGCGAAGGCAAAAUUAGAACGUAACAAGUUUGUCGGCUUAUUACAAACAUCAAUAAAACUUGCAUUAGAUACACGUGAACGCUUAAAGUUGCAUACAAAUGAAGCAGAAAUACUAAUGUUCAAUUUACAAAAACGUGAUGCUCAGUUAACAAAAGAACGUAAAUUAUUUGCAACUGUUAUUGUCCAACGAGAUCAUAAACGUCAUCAUGUUUGUAAACUGGCUGAAAUGAAUGCAAAACAGUUGCAAAAACGUGAACAAUUGCAAAUGAGUAUUCAACAAAUUAAUACUAUAUACAGUCAAACUGAAGCAGAAACUUUAAGUAUUAGAAAGGCUAAAGAGCGUAAUGCACGUUUACGUAAUGAAAAAGCUAUACAAUUAAUCGAAAGAAAUCAAGAAGUUUACAUACUCCAGGAAAGGCUCAGUGCACAAGCUGCUGCAGGAAACGCAGCAGAACUGAGUUUACGUGGACUAGAAGAAGAAAUUGGAUUCUUGAAACUAUACCGAACGCAAUUAUCCAAUUAUAUUCAAGUGAUCAAUAAAAAUGGCCCCAAGAUAGAUGCAAUGAAAACUGAAUUAAGAGGUCUGAUACAUGAGUUAAUAGCAAGUCGAGUGAAAUUAAAUGAACUAGUGCGUCAAGCUGAAGAUCCUGAUUCUGAAGGACGUCUCAGAAUACUUGGUGGAAAAGAUCCAUCACAGUUACAAUUAUGGAUGAGUUUAGGUCAGUUAGAACGACGUAUGGCAGCUAAAGAAGAGGAUAUGGCAGAAAAAAACCUCACAUACGAAGCAGUUUGCCGUCUAGUAGACAGUUUACAAGUUAAAGCGAAUGCUGGAAAAGAUGAUACCUUAACUUUAGCUAUCGAAAUAAAUAAAGUUAAAUCAUCACUGAAAAACAAUAGAAAUAAAAUGAAAACACUUUAUGCAGAACUUAUUAUUACAGCAGGUGAACGUAACCGUAUGAGAAGGUAUAUUGAGAAGUUGGAACAUCAUCUUGAUAUAUGUGAAAUAUACAGAAGUAAUGGAGACGAGUAUUCUGCUAACAUAGAACACCUUCUCUUAAAACAUUCACACUCUGAUAGGACUAAGAAGAAAAGGAAAUUGAAUAAACCUUUGGGGCCAACAGAAAUAAAACCGAUGAGGCCUCCAGGAACAAUGCCAAACAGAUACAAUUCUAUAUCUACAGUGGGUCUUAGAACUCAGAGUAUCUACACAAACAACAAUACAACGAAAACUGAAAGUCUAAAUAAGAACCAGUCCGCGGAUCAAAACCAAAAGACGAAUGAAAGUAGACUGGUUAAACUUCCAUCACUUUGGCCAGGAAAGAAAAAUUCUGUAGUGAAAAGAAUGAAUCAAACUGAAGAUAGAAACGUACAUUGUCCAGAAAUAACAAACCUGCCACUGGAAAAUAUCAUUUCAAUAAGAGUAGUUACCCCUUAUACAAUAAGUUAUAAACAAAAACCACAACAGCAACAACCAGAAUUAUCCAUUUUAUGCAUUAGAAAACAAAAGGUGGAGAAAUCAAACAAUAAGAACGAAAUUGAUGAUUCAAAAGCCAGUAGUUCUAAUGACGAGAUAUCUUUUGCAUCAUUUAAUUCAGAAUUUCAAAAGUUGACUUGGCGAGACAAUGAUUUCGAUACUACUUAUGACCCUAGUAAGAUGAGUAGUGAUUACAACAAUGAUGUAAGUCAAUGUGAAAUUACAACCGACCAAGAUGGUAGUGAUGGUGAUGAUGAAAGAGAAGCAUAA